AUGCGUUCCUUGAUUGCCGCUGCCUUGUUGGCUUUCCCAUGCGCUGUCCUUGGUGCACCUUCUUCGCUUUCUAAGCGUGGAGUAGAGGCAACUACCAACACUAAGACCACAACGUCGUCGCCUCCUCACGUCAACAUGGAAGUAUUUGAUGGACAGUAUGUUCUCCCCUUGUCAAUUGGAACUCCUCCCCAAACAUUUAGAGUUUUAUUCGACAGCGGCUCAGAUCUCACUUGGAUCCCAUCCGUCGAGUGCCAUGACGAAGCAUGUGUGAAAUACAACCGCUAUGAUCCCAGCAUCUCGAACUCCAGCGUCAGCUUGAACGAUCAUACUAGAAAGACUUAUGAAGAUGGUCGUUGUGUAGAAGCUGAUUUGUAUCAGGAUAAUGUCACCGUUACGGGUCUCGAGAAUGUCGAUAUGAGCCAUUUCACAUUUGGUGCUGCCGGCGAUGUGGAUGGCUUUGAUGGCGAAAGCUUCCUUGGUUACUUUGGCUAUGGUGAUGAAAAUACCGCCAAACUCAUGAAGGAACUUACCAGCCAAGUGCAAAAGCAAGCUGAAGAUUCUUGUGGCUGCAAAAACGAGAAGCGUGAUGGCAGUGAUGUUGGACAAAAUUCUGGCAGUGUGGCUGGCACUGGUGGUAGCUGGAGUUCCAAGAAACGAUGGGAUGUACCUAUUGCACGCAUGGUCUUUGGUGUGGAUCCCUCGUUGUACAAGGGGGAUCUUGCAUUAUUCCCACUUCCUGUAUCUCAGGAUGAUUGUGAAGGCCAAUCGAUCUUUUGGCGUACGUCGCUCACUGGCAUUACCUUGGGAGACAAGUACGACCAUGACUUGCCCCAUCAUUCGUAUGCCAAGUUUGCUUCAGGCACUCGCUACAUUAAGGCACCUGUGAUCCAAGCCGAUCUUUUGCAUUUGCAUAUGGGAGCAUUUUAUGAUAUCUUUAAGCACCGUUAUUGCAUUGAAUGCUCCAAGGUGGAAAGCUUGCCCGAUCUUACAUUUGACUUUGGCACUUACAAGGUCUCGUUGCCACCCAAAUUGUGGAUUGAAAAGUCGGGUGACAAGUGCUACAGCAUGAUUCUUCGUGGUGCUGACAAGUUGUUCAAGGAAUGGGCACUUGGUACUCUUUUGCUUGAUCAAUUCUAUCAGGUCUAUGACUAUGAGAACAAGCAAUUGGGUCUUGGUGAGCUUGCCAAUGGACGCACACAAGCUACUCUCGAACGCACUCCUUAA